AUGGCGACGGCGGCAGCUGCCGACAGCCCUACCCAGACUGAGGUCCAGGUGCGACUCUGCAACUCUGCAACCAAGGUACCGUUCUUGCCGGACGAUGGCCUGGACGCGCUGAAGUCGCGCGCCGCAGGGGCCUUUGGACUAAAGGCGCCCUUUGACAUCAUCGGCCCCGAAGGCACGCGCCUGGCCAGCGACGCGGAUGCGGCACGUGCACUCCUGAACGGCGCUGGUGAGCUGGCUAUCAGCACUGGUGAGGAUGCACUGCUGGACCUCGAGCGAGCCCGAGAGGAGUCGGGGGUCUUGCGCUGGGCGUUGCUGAGGCAGAUCCUGGCAGAUAUGCGAACCCAAAUCGCAGAACUCUCUGUCUCUCUCAGCGAGGGCAAGCACGCGGCAACAGUGCUGCAGCAGCAGCUCAUGCGGGAGCGCGGCGCUCGCGAGGCGGCAGAGGGGGGCCUGAAGGGGGAGAUCGAUGAGCUCAAGGAGCGACUGGCCCUGGAGGUCCACCGUCUUCGACAAGAUUUGGGCCGGAGCACUGGGGAGGUGGCAGCCAGCCUCCAGUCUCAGGUUCAAGCAGUUCAAGCCGGGCAGACAGAGGCCCUGGAGCAGAAGGUGGCCACGUUGAAGGAAUCUUUGCAGGCUCAGCUGGAGGCCCGUCAGCGCGAGGCUGACGAGAGUCUGCGCUGCUUUGGAGAAGUCCGGACUUUGAUCAGCAACGAGAGCGCCAGUCGCAGUCGGCUCGCGGAGGAUUGCAAGGCUGAGAUGCGCAGCUUGGCACAGGAGCUCAAGUCGGAGUCCGAUCGCAGGAUGCAGCUGCAGCAGCGCCUGGAGGGGUCGGGAGCCGAAGCGAAGUCAGACCUCCAGCAGGCCGAGCAAAGGCUCAAGGCGUUGUUGGCCACGGCGCAAAACUCGGUGGCCGAGGCGACCGCCAAGCUGCAGGCCGAGACAGCAGCGCGGGCCUCCGAGGUGGAACGUCUGGAGGGUGCCCUGCGAGGGCAAAGGUCGGAGAUUGACGCACAGAUCGUGUCACUUCAGAGCGCCAACCUUGAGCGUCAGGACUCUGUGAAGGAGCUCGGCCCGGCUAUGAAGGCAUUAGUUUCCGAGGAGCGAGACGCCGCGCAGAAGCAGCACUCCCAACUCCUGGACCGCGUCACCCAGCUCACCACUCGGGUGGAUGCGGAGAUCGCGGAGCGGCGACAAACCGACGAGCGAACUGGGGGCAAGCUGGAGACCUUGCAGGAGGCCCUUGGUCGCGAGCAGCGUGCCCGUGAGGCGGCCAUGAGCGAAAAUGGCCGGGCGGUCGGGACUUUGGCCACGCGACUGGACGGGCAGGAAAAGGCGCUUCCAGAGCUGGACGCCGCGAUCAGGGCCGAGGUUUCCAAGUUAGAAGACUCCAUGGCCUCCUUCCGCCAGGAGGAGCGAUCCGCGCGAGAGGUGGCAACUGCCGACCUCUCUAGUGCGCAGGCACGGAAGCACGAGGCAAUGACGGACGAGAUCCGAAGAGAGCACGCAGCCCACAAGGAGGAAAGCCGGAAGUGGGCCUUGACGAUGGUCGAGCGCCUCUCUGAAGACCUCCGAAAAGAGAGGGAGGCUCUGUUCGACGAGUUGAAUCGGCGCUGCCAGGAGGUGUCCACGCUGAGCGCGCAGCAGAUGCGCGCAGAGCUUGCCGUGGAGGUCAAGCGGCUAGAAACUUGGAUCAUACAGAUGCGCUAUAUAGGACUACUAUGA